GCGUUGUGUGGGGAGUCUUGUCUGUAGGGCUGUUGAGACAGCUGAGGGGAUUUCGAAGGUCGGUUGCUGUUGCUGCUGCUGCAUCUUAGGCCGACGAGGAGGUGAAGAUGUUGGGCGGGCGACAAGUGCCGAAGACGCUUCGGGUGUUAAAGUCUGCGAGCCGGGGCUAUGCAUCACAGCGUGGCUUAAAUGAAGUAGUUAUUGUAAGUGCUGUCCGAACACCCAUUGGAUCUUUUCAAGGAUCUCUUUACUCACUACCAGCCACUAGACUUGGCUCUAUUGCAAUUAAAGGAGCAAUUGAAAGAGCAGGUAUUCCUAUGGAAGAAGUAAAGGAAGUAUAUAUGGGAAAUGUUAUCCAGGCUGGACAAGGACAAGCUCCUGCAAGACAAGCAACUCUCGGAGCAGGUUUGCCAGUGUCUACUGCUUGCACAACCAUCAACAAAGUGUGUGCUUCUGGAAUGAAAUCUGUCAUGUUGGCAGCACAGAGCCUGAUGUGUGGGAAUCAGGAAGUGAUGGUGGCUGGUGGGAUGGAGAGCAUGUCAAAUGUGCCUUACACCAUGGGUAGAGGAGCAACACCUUAUGGAGGAGUAAAGCUGGAGGACUUGAUUGUAAAAGAUGGUUUGACAGAUGUUUAUAACAAAAUCCACAUGGGUAAUUGUGCAGAGAAUACUGCUAAGAAGUGUACAAUAUCUCGGGAAGAUCAAGAUGCUUAUGCCAUACAAUCUUACACCAAGAGCAAGGAAGCUUGGGACUCUGGAGUUUUUGCAAAGGAAAUUGUACCUGUUACUAUUGCUCAGAAAGGGAAACCAGACACAGAAGUUAAAGAAGAUGAGGAGUACAAGCGUGUUGACUUUACCAAAGUUCCAAAACUGAAGGCAGUUUUUCAGAAAGAAAAUGGAACGAUAACUGCUGCCAAUGCCAGUACCCUGAACGAUGGAGCAGCCGCUCUGGUUUUGAUGACUUCAGAAGCAGCCAAGAGACUGAACACUAAACCAUUGGCUCGAAUAGUAGCUUUUGCAGAUGCGGCUGUUGACCCCAUUGACUUCCCCAUUGCGCCAGCACAUGCUGUUCCUAAGAUACUUAGUCAGGCAGGACUCAAAAAGGAAGAUAUUGCCAUGUGGGAAAUCAACGAAGCAUUCAGUGUGGUUGUCCUGGCCAACAUUAAAAUGCUAGGCAUCGAUCCACAGAAAGUGAACAUCCAUGGAGGAGCAGUCUCUUUAGGACAUCCAAUUGGAAUGUCUGGAGCAAGAAUUGUGGUUCACAUGGCUCACACACUGAAGCAAGGAGAAUAUGGCCUUGCUGGAAUUUGUAAUGGAGGCGGUGGAGCAUCUUCAGUACUAAUCCAAAAAUUGUAGGCUCUCUGACUUCAUGCCUUUAAAAAAAAAGUAUGACAAAUCAAAUGGCUGUUACAAUUAUUUAUGGAAUUGAAGUGUAGACCCCUAAAAACUCAAUUUAUCAUUGUUUUAAAAAUGUUUUUACUGUAACAUCCCUUCAGUGCAGAAGUAGUUUUUAUAUCAUAGACUCUAAAUGCCAAACUUCAAUCAAAGACAAUAAAGAUUGUAUACAUUA